AUGGGAGGCCUGAACACAGUGAAGACCGAGCCAAUUCAGGGAGUUACCUCACUCUUGAACAGGCCAAAUGGCCAGUCCACGUACCAGGCGUGUAUUGAAGGAUCUGAAAUCCAGCAAUGAAAACAAUACCUGCUUUGAAUGUGGGGCUCACAAUCCACAAUGGGUCAGUGUAAAUUAUGGUAUCUGGAUUUGCCUUGAGUGCUCGGGCAAACACAGAGGACUUGGUGUCCAUCUCAGCUUUGUGAGAUCUGUUACUAUGGACAAGUGGAAAGAUACAGAAUUAGAGAAAAUGAAAAAGGGUGGCAAUAGAGAUUUCCGAGUGUUCCUGGAAAGCCAAUCAGAUUACAGUGAUAGUAUGACAAUUCAGGAGAAGUAUAACAGUAAAGCUGCAGCCUUAUAUAGGGAUAAGGUUGCAACAGAGGCUGAAGGGAAGCCAUGGUCCAUAUCAACAUCAAAAGCUCGCAAUCAUGUCCCUCAUGUGGCCAGUGCCAGGCUGGCAACUCAAAAGAGCUUCGGUUCGAAUGAUAUUCACAAGAGCAACACAUAUGCUGGCAAUGAUACAACGAUGGAGGAAGCAUUUGGCAUGUCGAGGGAAAAUAUAUCCAGACAGAAAGAUGAUUUCUUCUCACGUAGACAAGCAGAAAAUGCCUCCAGACCAGAGGGCGUAGCUCCAAGUGAAGGUGGGAAAUAUGUAGGAUUUGGCAGCUCUCCUGCUCCCCAGAAACAAAACAAUGAUCUGCUUGAGGGGACACUUUCUUCGCUCUCUAGUGGAUGGGCUUCUUUCUCUGUAGGGGCAUCAAAAUUUGCAUCUGUAGCGACUGAAAAGGCUACCAAAUUGGCAGCUACUACAGCACAGAAAACUAAAGAAAUCAGUCAUUCCAUGAAUGAAAAGGUUAAAGACGGCAAGGUUUUUGACAAUGUGUCGAAUUCUUUGACCAACUUUGGAACAAAGGUAAAAGAUGGGUCAUUGGCCAGUGAUGUUGGAUCUUCUUUAAGCACUUGGGGCUCAAAGAUCUCAUCAGCAAGUGUGAAAGGUUGGAGCAGCUUACAGUCCACAUUUACUGACCAGCCUGCUGACAGGGAGGGAGCUACCCUUGUGAACAACAGGACCCCUAGUGGCACGUUUGGCGAACCCAGUAAGCCACUUCUCAAAAGAGAUUACAGUGAUGACUCAUGGGCCGGCUGGGGCGAGGGAGAGGACUGGGGAAGCCCUGGGGAUGAGACCCCCACAAACUCCCUUAGUAAAUCCGACACACAGAACAGCGGAGAUAGUUGGGGGAGCUGGAGUAAUCAGGAAGGGAGCCAAUCAAAACCUUCCGAGAAGAAAUCUGGUGAUGAAUGGGAUACGGAAAACUGGGGUGCAAUGGACAAACCAGCGAAAACUAAAACUAAAUCUAAGCCUAAGGCAACUAGCGCUAAGCAAGAACCAGACACUGCUAAUCUUAUUGAUUUUGAUGGAGAGUCUGCGGGUACUGGUGGCAAUAAUGGUUGGGACAAUGAAAAAUGGGCAGAAGAAGAUGAUGCCUGGGAAAGUUUGGAAUCUACGUCUAAUAAACCUAAAAGUAAAAAAGGUGAUUGAUGAUUGCUGAUGCAGAACUAAUAAAAAAGUUAAAAUUAGUCCAAAUAUGUAAACAUUUACAAGUAUUUAAAGAUAAACUGGCUGAAUUAUAUUAUCUGAUCUUAGGAUAACAGAAAAUAUACAUGUUGUAUUUUAACAUUAGAAUGAGUACCGAAGGACCUAAGAUAUUAUUUUGCAGUAUUUUUUCAUUUGUUUCAAAUACCAGGCAUCUAUUGUAUGUACAUUGUCAAGAUAAGUAGAUAUUGAAUAUAUUUAUUGGCUUCAGGGCUGAGGCAUGUAAAUAAAUAACAAGACAGCACAUGUAUCAUCAUACA